AUGCGCCAGCGGACACCUCAUCGAAAGUCGAGAUUUGGAUGCAAAGAGUGUAAGCAACGUCAUGUAAAAUGCGACGAGUCCCGGCCGGCAUGCGUCAACUGCACGACUGCUCUCAGGAGAUGCUCAUAUCUCGACACUGAGGCGGCAGUACCAUCAUCAUCCACGUUCUCGUACCAAUGUCCAAGCCCAGCAACAUCAAUAGGGUCAUCAAUAGCAAGCCCGGCGGUUCCCAUCAGCCCGGAGCAAGCGACUUGCCGUAAUAGCCAUGUGCCGACAGAGCCAUACGAUCUCCGGCACAUGGAGUUGCUAUACCAUUUCGAGCAUAACUUGGGCUACAGCCAAGGGUUCGGCGAUACUCUCACGCGACAAAAAUACCAACAAAUGUCACUAAAGCAAGCUUUCCGGGUGCCAUUUUUGAUGGACGAGCUUCUAGCUAUAGCUGCAGCACACAAGAGCACUUUGCCGGGAGAAGAUCAGGCUUUCUAUCGCAGCGAAGCAACUCGCUUACAGACGAGAAGCCUUUCACGUUUCAAGGUGGCUGACGGCGAUCUGUCUGAUGAAGACUUCCUUACAGUAUUCCUGUUUUCCACCUGGCUCGGUCAACACGUUCUCUUCGACACGUUCUCGAUCCCCGCUGAUCUUCCAGUCACUCUGGAUAAGCUAGUCCACUGCAUGGGCCUCCAUCGGGUCGUCCGGAGCGUCGUAGGGGGCUCGUGGGACAGGCUCCGGUGUCACUUUGAUACCCAUCUAGGUGCAGGGAGCCGCUUCGUGCAGAACAUGAUAAUCAGAAGAGAACGGUACGAGACUGGCAACGACACUGUACAGGAGUGGUCAAUUCGGGUUCCAGCCGAGUAUGUCAGCCUGCUCGACCAAAGACGGCCCGAGGCGCUGGUGGUGCUGGCAUAUUGGGGCGUGUUGAUGCAUAAGGCGAGAGACUGCUGGGCGUUCGGGACCGCGGGACAGAACCUCGUAAGGUCCAUUGCAGCUCAUCUUGGGUCGUAUUGGGGGGAGCUAUUGGCGUGGCCAAAGGAGAUGACAGAAGCCCCUGUAAUUUCGAUAUCAGGCCCAACUUGA